GUGAUCUACUGCCCCAAGUCCAUCCAGCUCGUGUGCCUCUCCGCCACGGUUGCCAACCCUGAUGAGCUUGCAGACUGGAUUGGCAGGGUGCACGGGCGCACGGAGCUCGUCACCUCACAGCACCGCCCCGUACCGCUCAAGUGGCACUUCUCCACGCGCUUCCGCAUGCUGCCCCUCCUUGACAACCGCGGCCGUGACAUCAACCC